AGGGAGUAGUGGGGCAAGGUCUGGGAUGCCCCUGGAGGGCAGAUCUGUAUCCCAGGAAGCUGAGACCUAGUCUCUCGCUACUGCCCCGCCCACCGGCCGUCCUCCAUUUUGGUGCCUGGAGGGGCCAGGGGAAGGAUUUGCAGGGAAAAUGGUGGAUUUGGAGUGGGGAAGGGAGAGGGUGGGUUUGGGGAGCCCCCUAAAGGGCUCACAAAAUCAGGUGGGAAAACCUUUACCAGCCAGAGCUCUGAAACCUGUUGUUAUCAAGCAUUCGAUUCCUUUUCUUGCUUUUUUUCUCCUAGGAAGAAGAAGCAGGGAAAAAAAUCUCAACAUGGAAAACGUCCCCCAGGAAAAUGAAGGGAGGGAGCAGGUCCCCAUGCAGAAUGGAGAGGAAGCCCGCCCUUUGGAAGGGGUUGAAGGCGAGGAGCCUGCAGGAAAUAUCAGAGGAGGCCAGGCUCCACCUGCGCAGGAGUUUAGAGGGGAUGUGCCCAAUAGGCUUGUCAAUAACAUUGAUUUGAUCGAUGGUGAUGCAGAUGAUAUGGAACGGUUCAUGGAGGAGAUGAGAGAGUUAAGGAGGAAAAUUAGGGAGCUGCAGCUGAGGUACAGCCUGCGCAUUCUUAUAGGGGACCCUCCUCACCAUGACCAUCAUGAUGAGUUUUGCCUUAUGCCUUGAAUCAUGAGGCUAAUAAUCAUAAACCUCCUGCUUCUCAAACUUAAAUUUUCUUGAUGUACCCUUAAUGUGAACCUUUUGGUGUUCUGUCAUUUUCUGACUGGAGAUUUCAUUUUGACCUGGUCUGUUAGCUUAUCUGUCAGCAGGGGAGUUUCAUCAAUUUGCAUGGAAAGAUGUUUGUUAUAUAUUGUAAAGUUAAUAAAGCAGUUUAAAAAGCAGCCUAUAGAUAAUCUCAUUUAAAAGCUUGCGUAUUUAUAGUAUAUACAUAUAUAUGAAUAGAAAAAAAGUAUGAAA